CUCAUUGGUACUACCUACUCUUUUCGACCGCUUCUUGAUCUCUGCAAGUGUAUUCUCUGAAUGAUAUACUCCGAGUACAUAAGUAGGAUAACAACAACGGCAAGGGAGCUGGUCCUAGCUUUGCAGGCCUAAUCUCGAUACCUCUCCGGGUAGCCUCAACGCCGCUUUCCUUCUGCCACUUUUUUUGUUCCCAAGAUUUGGAUUUAUUUUAAGAGCAUUCCCACCUCUGGAAAUGUCUAGUCCAACAAGUACCAGAUUGUGCAGCUGUCAAGAUGGCCCAUGCUCAACCAACCCCCGCAAGGCCAUCGCGAAGUCAUGGCCUUGAUUUCCUCAGACGACAGCAUUCCGCUCCCCGAGCCGGACUUCUUCAAUGUUCAUCACAGAAUCGCAAAUAUUCUUGAUGCACGUGGGAUUGGGGCAAGGAUCGAGGCAAAGAUUGAGGCUUCUCAGAGUGACCCUGAGAAUCUGAGUCCUGACGGCACAACUGACUUGGGGUCUAUCCUACGCCGGAAGAUGCUGAUGGACUUUUAGACGAUAGGAUCACACGGCCUGGAUAUCCAAGGCUAAAGGGAUAGUGAACCAGCGUGGACGAGCGUCCUCUGUCGUUGAGAAGCUGCGUGCAGGCUGAGGGUAGGGAGCACAAGCUGGACACUGAAAAUAGAGAUGGAUGCUCAGUCUGACCGUCCUACGGGACAGCAUGGGGUCAAGAAGACUUUGUACGAUAAAAAGACCGAGACGACGUCACGACAAUGCAUAGUAUGAUGAAGGAGAUUAAAUCAAGACACAAAACGCAUGAUAAGAUGGACAGUCUUUGUUGAGUCGGGCAUAGCUUUAAGCCUCG